AUGUCAAACAUAUUGAUCAAUAAUUAUUUGAGAUUUGUAAUACUUGCUGGAAGACGUUUAGCAAGUACGGAAAAUAAUGUUGACAUCGGAGGUCGAAUGAAAAUGUUAAAUGAUAAUAAACAACAUAGAAAAGUUCUUGAAUUAUUUGAUGCAUUCAACGAAAAAAACAUUGAUAAAUGUUCCAAUUGGAUUAUCAUUCAAGCUUUAAAAGCAUGUACACAGAUAUGUGAUGUUCAAUAUGGUUUGAAAAUUCACAAUCUAAUUUCAUCUCGUUUAAAACAUGAUCCUUAUGUAUUACCAUCAUUAAUUCAUUUAUAUAUGCAAUGUAGUGAUGUUAAUCGUGCCGAAUCAUUAUUUAAUACAUCAACAAAGAAAACAUUACCUAUUUAUGGAGCUAUGAUGAAAGGUUAUAUAAAAAAUAAUUUGGCUAAUAAAGCAGCCAAUCUUUUUAAAGACAUUCAAAAUCCCGAUCUAAUUUCAAUCAUUUUGUUAUUCAACGCUUGUGCCCAGUUGCGCACACACGAAGCAUUAAAUUUAGUCAAAAUUGUUUCAUCAAAGGUGCCCCAAGGUUUUCAUUCAAAUCCCUACGUUUUAACUUCUCUUAUUGAUGCAUUUAUGAAAUGUGGCGAUAUAAAAAGUGCUCAAUCAGUGUUUCAUGCAUCAACACAGAAAGCUCUAUCGAUGUAUGGGGCUAUGAUGAAAGGUUAUUUAGUAAAUAAUAUGCCGAAUAAAGCAAUUACUCUUUUCAAGGAAAUUCAUGAUCCAGAUAAAGUGAUUGUCACUCUGUUCUUUAAUGCAUGUGCUCAAUUAGGAACAGAUAAAGAAUUAGAUUUAAUCAAAAUUGUUUCAUCAAAUAUUUCAAAAAGUUUUCAUUCAAGUCCAUAUGUUGUAACUUCUCUUAUUGAUGCAUUCAUGAAAUGUGGUGAUAUGAAAAAUGCUCAAGCAGUGUUUCAAGCAUCAACAAAGAAAACAUUAUCAAUGUAUGCAGCUAUGAUGGCAGGUUUCAAUAAAAAUGAACUGGCAGAAAAAGCAGUUGACAUUUUUAAUGGGAUACAUCAUGAUGAAUUCUAUCGAAAAAAUGAUACUAAAAACGAAUUUAAUCUAUUGUCCAAAAUGAAAAAUGAUUGUGCAGAUGGAAAUAUUAUUAUUUAUUUAUGUAUGAUAAAAGCUUUGGCUAAGAUUGGCAUGUUGGAAACAGCUAAAUCGUUUGUUCAACGUAUUCCAAGUUUUUUUCUUGUUGAUCGUCGAAUUCAGAAUGCGCUGAUUGAUAUGUGGGGCAAAGUUGAUUCUGUCGAUGAAGCAAAACGAAUUUUUAGAAUUAUGUCUCAACCCGAUCACAUUGGAUAUACGGCAAUGAUUAAUUCUUAUGGUUUGAAUGGGAUGGGCGUUGAAGCAGUUGAAUUUUAUCGUCAAAUGCCAAAAGAACUUAUUCAUGAAUCAACUUAUGUUUGUGUUUUAAAUGCAUGUUCACAUUCAGGCCUUGUUGCUGAAGCUCGUUUGAUCUUUAAUAAUAUUCAAACAAAAACAGAAAUAAUAUAUACAACAAUGAUUGAUUGUCUCAGUCGUGCAGUUGCUUUUGAUGAAGCACGAGAAUUAAUGGAGAAAUUUGAGCGUGAUCAUCCACCUUCAGUAGUGAUGUAUACGGCACUAUUAUCAGGUGCUCGCAAUAAUAAAAAUAGUAAAUUAUCACAAGAUGUUGUUGAUCGCAUGAAGAAGCUUUUUCCUGAUUUGAAAAGUUCAUUACUGACAGCUUCAAUUCUUUUGGCUAAUGUUUAUGCAUCAUCAGGUGACAUUGAAAAAUCAACAGAUAUUAAAAUGGAAUUGCAUAAAUCAGGUGCUAAGAAACAAAUUGGUGUAACAAUGACUGAUAUCGAUGGAAAAAUCUGGAGAUUUCGAGCGCAUGAUCAAUCACAUGCUGAAUCUGCGGAAAUUCAUGAACAAGCUGAUCGAAUGUCAAAAAGAAUCAUUGAACAUGGGCAUAAGUACGAUGCAAGUUGGGUUGUAAGACCGGUGGAACCUGAUGAAACAAUUGAAACACUUCUUUGCGGGCACAGCGAACGACUCGCUAUGGCUGCUCAUUUCAUCCGUAAUCGAAAACCCAAACGCAUUCAAAUGACAAAAAAUCUUCGCAUAUGUGGUGAUUGUCAUCAAGUAACUAAAUUAGUUGCUUUGAUUUAUCAAUGUGAAAUAGUUGUUCGUGACGCCAACCGUAUACAUCACUUUCAUAUGAACGGGCAAUGCUCAUGUCAAGACUAUUUUUAA